AUGGAUUCUUACGUGCGAAAUGAGACAUUUACGUCUCCCAGGUGUCUCGGAGCGCGGAGCGAUGCGCUGCAGAACGCAGCCGAUGACGGCAGCCUGGGAACAUCAAACAGCACGUGCGGGAACGCGUCCACGGACCUCAUGCCAAAGCUUGUGAGGGACAAAGAUGACGACCACACACUGAGGAUCCUGCUCUACUCACUCAUCUUCUUUCUGAGUGUGUUCGGCAACCUGCUGAUCAUCGUGGUGCUGACGGUCAACAAGCGCAUGCGCACCGUGACCAACACCUUCCUGCUGUCGCUCGCCGUCAGUGACCUUAUGAUGGCGGUCUUCUGCAUGCCCUUCACCCUCAUCCCGAACAUCCUCAAGGACUUCAUCUUCGGAGCCGCCAUGUGCAAGAUAGUGUCCUACCUCAUGGGAAUAUCCGUGAGUAUAUCCACAUUUAGCCUGGUUGCCAUAGCGAUCGAGCGCUACAGCGCCAUCUGUAACCCCCUGAAGUCGCGGGUGUGGCAGACCCGUUCCCAUGCUUACCGGGUGAUUGCUGCUACAUGGAUGCUAGCCUUCGUCAUCAUGAUCCCCUACCCAAUCAUCAGCCACUUGGAGUCUUUUCAAGGUCCUGAAAACACAACAGCUCACAAGUGUCGCCACAUAUGGCCCGUCGCAACAGCAGAGCAGACCUGGUACAUUCUGCUGCUGCUGGUGCUGUUUGCAAUCCCCGGCUUGGUGAUGAUUGUGGCCUAUGGAUUGAUCUCCAGGGAACUUUUCAGAGGCAUCCAGUUUGAGAUGGGCCACAAAAAAGACUCUACCGAUGUGAAGAAUGGACUCACCUCCACCGUGUCCGGCGGCGGCGACGACGGAGACGGUUGCUACGUCAACGUCGUCCCGCGGCCACAUUCGAUGGAGAUGUCCACCACGGCUGCGUCCAGUAGGGCCAUCAAGGCGGAGAGGCCGCGCAGCAACACGUCCGAGGCCAAGCUGGAGGCCAAGAAGCGGGUCAUCCGCAUGCUGGUGGUCAUCGUUGUCCUGUUCUUUCUCUGCUGGAUGCCGCUGUACGUUGCCAACACCUGGCGGGCUUUCGACAACGUCUCCGCCAAACGGGCCCUCUCAGGGACGCCCAUCGCUUUCAUCCACCUGUUGUGCUACACCUCUGCCUGCGUCAACCCCAUAAUCUACUGCUUCAUGAACACGCGCGUCCGCAAAGCUCUGCUGGCCACGUUCGCGUGCUGCGCUGCCCCUUGCCGCCGCCGCCGUCGCAGUGGGCUGCGGGAAAACGAGGAGGACGCCAUGGCAACCGGAGCGUCCAUGUCAAAGUUCAGUUACACUACGGUCAGCACCAUGGGAAACUGCUGAGGCGAAAGGAUGAAGGCACAUUCCAGAUGAGACAGUUACUACGGCAACACAGCAUCCCACAUCGUUUGUCUUUAGGACAAUUUGGCACUCGUAGGUGCGAUCAUUUGAAUAGGGAGAAAAGGCCAAAUGUUGUGA